UGUGAGGAAGUGGUGGUGAUUUGUUAAUAAUAUCUGUAACUAUUUUAUGUUUCUCUUUUGUAUCAUAUUAUGUCAGUUACUAAUGAUAGCACAGUUGAGGUUUUGCUUAUACAUCAGCAAAUAUUCCAGGUUGCACUGACUGAGGGACGAAUAUCAAAAGUUAAUUUUGCAAUAUUAAUACCUCUGUUCUUUAUCUAUUUGAAUGCCAUCAUGGUCUACACUCUUUGGAGCAAGCCUGCUUUUAAAGAGACUCCACGCUACAUUCUGUUCACCCACAUGCUUCUCAAUGACUCAAUUCAGCUCUUUGUUACCUCUUUGUUGUAUAUUUUUGGUCUCGCCUAUCUCAAGUUAGUAAUGGCUGCUUGUGCUUUUUUAGUUUUUGUUUCAAGUGUAACUUUCCGAAACGCACCUUUAAACCUGGCUCUCAUGUCAGUAGAGCGUUUUGUGGCCAUAUGCUUUCCUCUAAGACAUGCUGAAAUAGUCACUCCGAAAAGAACUUAUAUUGCCAUUGGAAUUAUUUGGUUUAUGGGUGCGAUGCACUUUAUAAUUGACUUUCUUUAUGUAGUACUGAUGGAUCCUAAAUUUUUAACCACACAAAUAUUUUGCACAAGAGAAAGGCUUUUCAUAAAGCAAUGGCAACUAGAUGCUUAUCAGGGCUUUAACAUAUUUUACUUUGUGUCAGUGACUAUGAUCAUCCUUUCCACAUAUGUCAGAAUUUUGAUCACAACCAGGUCCAUUUCCUCCAACAAAGACUCUGCUGCAAAAGCGCACAGGACUGUUCUGCUGCACCUCAUUCAGCUGGGCCUGUGUCUUACUUCUUUUCUCUACAGCAUUAUAGAAAAAGCUGCAGCAAUGGCCAGCACCAGCAGCAGCCUCUUCGCGGACCUGCGUUAUCUAAGCUAUGUGUUUGUGCUGAUCUUGCCACGCUGCCUAAGUCCACUCAUCUACGGACUGAGAGACGAUGCUGUACGGCCCUUUUUCAUGUACUACUUUCGCUGUGCCACAGGCAGACACACGUCUAAUGUCAAUGUACACUGA